AUGCCCGACUUCCCUCCGCUGUCUCCGCCGUCGGCUCUGCCCCCGCUGCGCACCCUCAACUCGCCCCGGGGCCGCGACGCUGCGGCUCCCCGUUCACCACCGCGCUUUCAUUGGUCUUCCUCCACGGCUGCCCGCAGAGCCGAGCGCAUUCGAAACCUCGACGACCGCCUGGCGUCACGCGGCGAUGGCGAGCGAUAUGAUUACGGUAGCCGCUGGUCCAUGCGGCGCUUGCCUCGCCUGCAUGCUCAUGCCGCAGACGGCCGAGGCUCCAACAACAUUGACGAGCUGGAUCGGUCUCUCGACGAGGCCAACACCAACCUGAGGGCGCUGCUGGACCUGACGCAAUCCGCCCUCACCACCAUCCCUCAGCCUCUUCGCUCGCACGACUUCCCAGACGACAACCGCCGGAACAAGCGCCGCAAGCUGGACGCCGACCGCCUCGGCUCUAGCGGCAUCAAGCCCUUUCGCUAUGGCAGAUAUGGACAGGUAGACCUGGGUCAGCUGCGGAUGGAGAUUGUGAGCUGCGACGGCGGCAUGUUCUCCAACCAGUCUUCGUAUGCGGCGGAGAACAUCCUCAAGGACGACAACUCCGUCUACUGCACUAAGGGGAACAGAUGCAACAUUGUGCUGCAACACCAAGGCGGGAGUGUCUUUACGCUGCAGGAGCUUGUCAUCAAAGCACCGUGCGCUACCAACUUUUCCCAUCCCGUUCGAGAGGGCAUGAUCUUCAUCACCAUGCACCAGGACGACAUGCUGAGCCGGACGGCUCAAUAUCAGAUCCAGUAUGCCCCGUCAUCGAGGCAGCGUUCACGGAAUGCAGACGGAGACAAUGCACUGGUCCUCGAACGGGAACCUCGGCACAUCGUAUCCAUUCAGCAUCACGUAGACGGCACCACGAGCACCAGGACUAGAAGAUCCUAUGUGUAUCGACCAGAUGACGAUGAGUCUCGGCUACCCGAGAUGCCCGAGGAGUUUAGUCGAGAAACGUCGGAUUUCCGCGUCACCACGGAGUGCAGCGAUGAGGAGGACGACGAUGACGACGGCUAUGGUGGGUCACGAUUCCACCACACGCCCAACCGCAUCGGCUCUCUGCCCUUUGAGAACGUCGACUCGGACGCAGACGACAUCGUUAUGCCUUUCAGCCCGCAGGAUACCUCGGACGACCUGCUUCUCCACCACAGCCGCCGCCACAACAUCAUCCAUAGGCAGAGAGAUGAAGACGACGAGCACACGCCCAGCUUCUCGCUGUCCGAGGCAAUGGAUGCGCACGCCAAUGCCACGCAGGAAGCCGUCCGCGCGGUUGGCGGCCGGCUGCUCGCUCCCCACGCACGCUUCUACAUUGAAAAGAAGAAGAGCAAGUGCACCAUCAAGUUCGAUCCACCUGUUUCCGGCCGCUUCAUCCUGCUCAAGAUGUGGAGCUCAUCCCACGAUCCGGGGAGCAACAUUGACGUCCAGUCGGUCAUCACUCGAGGGUUCGCCGGACCGCGGUACUUUCCUUCGGUAGAAUUGCGAUGA